AUGCUCAAGAUCCAGGUCUCGUCCCCGUCGCCCGAGACGUCCUCGCUCCAGACCACCCCGACCCUCGCGGACCUCAGCAGAAAUGCUUCCGUCAUAUCCUCCAGCAGCUCCUCCAGCUCGACCUCCGACCUGACCCUCCAGACUCCAGUACGGCCACGGCCCCUGCGCACAUUCUCGUCCCCGCGCACGGCAGUGCGCUCGCGGAGCCCCCAGUCGCCAAGUACACCGCGCUCGUCGCGACCGCCCGCAUACCUAGCGCGUGAACUCGGCCUCUCGGACGAGCGAGAUGACGGGGCCUCGGAGUUGCGGCCGCCGCCCUCGCGGAACCGCUCCCAGUCGCGCAAUAGCUCCGUGAACGGCCGCGUCGCGACGACCGCGGAUGACUUUGAGUUUGGGCGGGUGCUUGGGGAGGGUUCAUAUUCGACGGUGAUGCUCGCGAGACACAGGACGACCCAGCAGGAGUAUGCAAUAAAGAUACUCGAUAAGGGCCAUCUCAGGCGCAACGGCAAGCUGCCCACUGCGCUGGCAGAGAAGAACACGCUCGUCAGGCUCGGUGCGGGACACCCGGGCAUCGUGCGCUUACACUGGGCGUUCCAGGAUGAGUGGAGUCUUUAUUUCGUGCUGGAUCUCGCGAGGAACGGGGAGCUGCAGUCGCGAAUAUCACGCAUGGGCUCGCUCUCGACAGAAUGCGCGCGGGUAUAUGCUGCGCAAAUUGUAGACGCACUGGGGUAUAUGCACUCGAAGGGCGUCAUCCACCGGGACCUCAAACCCGAGAAUCUGCUAUUGGACGACGCGUUCCGGAUCAAGAUCACGGAUUUUGGCACCGGCAAGAUUCUCGACUCCGGAGGCGAGCGCACAAAGACUUUUGUGGGCACGGCACAAUAUGUAUCUCCGGAGUUGCUCGAGGACAGCGAGACUAGCAAAAGCUCCGACUUCUGGGCCCUGGGUUGCAUUGUCUACCAAAUGAUCUCUGGCCGCUUUGCAUUCCAGGGGCUCUCUGAGUACCUGACAUGGCAAAAGAUCAAGAAGCUCGAGUACACUUUCCCUGAAGGCUUCGAUGAGCAUGCACAGGAUCUGGUACAGAAACUACUCGUCCGCGAUCCGGCCCACCGCCUCGGCGCUGGUCAUUCUGGAAGCAGUACCGACAUGCAGGCGCUCAGGGAGCACCCGUUUUUCGCCUCCAUCAACUGGGGCACGCUCUGGACAGAACCGGUCCCGCCCCUCGAGCCUGGACUCAUCAAGAAAGACCCUCCACCAGCAACCAAUGGUAGUAAGUGGGACGACGUCGGUGCAUCUUGGGACGCCCUCGUGGGCGAUAGCGACCCAGAGGACGGCAUCAGCUGGGCGUCGGAUACAGAAGGCCAGGAUUUUUUUGCCCCGCAGGAGGCAGAAGCACCGAAUGGGUAUGCCUAUUACGAAGAUGUCGGGCCUAUGGGAGAACUGCGUCCAUACGCGUUUCCGCCGGCCGACGGCCACAGUACCAACAAUGCAAACCUUGCGAGUUCGUCUUCGGCGGCGCCUGGUACUGGGAAAGACGAGGGGCCCUCGGUCCGUUUCGCGGAUAUCCCGAAGGCGGGCUCGGUCCUCACGGCGGGCGACAGCAGAACAGCGCCGGCGAAUGGCGUGGGCCCCUCGCAUGACGUCCCGUCGGUCGUGAAGGCACAUCCAAUUGACGUGCCAGCGCCCAAGGGGGCGGUCGUGGACAGUUAUUCGACGGGCUCCGCGACCAGUUCGUCGGACGGCAGUCCGAUCGAGCAGCUCGGUGCGGCGCUGGAGGCCGCUGGGAUUGACAGAGGCCGGAACCGCGCGCAGACGCCUAUCCAGGGGAACCGCGCGCCGCCGCCGCCGCCGGUGGAUUCGGAAUGGUGA